CAACUCAAAACGAAACGUAUAACCUUGCAAACGAACACUUUCAGACCUUUACCUAAGAAACAAUUGAAUAAUAAACAUGUUAUUUACCAUAAUGAGAGUUACGUGCAUGAUAUCGCAACCGCGAAAAGGGGGUCCUUACAAGCAUUAACAAUUAAAAAGCGGUAUGUGUAAGUUUCGUGUAUAAGUCACUGGAACCCCCCAUCAACUUGUUUCGAUUGAAGAUAGCACUGUGGUAUCUAUAUUUUGUUUAUGCCAUAGCACUCUCGAUUUCUCUCGAGCGAGAAUCUUUUCGCGGUGGUCUUAGAUCGAUCAUUCUUUAGCCACUCUUCGGCUGUCACAGUGACCUACUAUAUUUGAAAAAUGUCGCGGUUUUUUUCGAUUUUUGUGUGUUUGUUUGCGACAUUUUGGCUGGCGGGUAGUCAAUUUAAUGUAGAAAUUAAGGAGCCCCGACUGACGACGUUUUUGAAUAGAAUUACAAAUACAACGUUCGAUUUAAUUAAAACUGGACUCAACGUGUUCGGACAAACAGUAGAAAAAAUAAUUGACACAUUCUCAAGAAUAGAAGAUCGACUGAGCGCUCUAGUGGAACUGAUCAGGAAUCAACUAAUAAAGGGUGUUCCAGAAUUGAGUAUUCCUGUUUUGGAUCCUCUACAUAUUAACAAACUUGAAUUCGAUGUUCGGCACGAUGCAGCAAUUAUAAAAGGAAAAGCAGAAGACGUUACAAUCAAACAUAUAUCCAAAUUCGUAGUCGACAAAGAAAGUCUGACUGACUUAGGAAAAUUGAGAUUUAGAUUAGACUUAAAUUUAACAUUUCCAUUCAUUAAAGUCAAUGGUACGUACCAAGUUAACGGACUUAUCGGGCAGACAUUCAAGAUAUUUGGAGACGGACCAUUUAGGUUAAAUUUAAAGGAUUUAAAAAUCGGAACUUCUACAAUUUUGAAAUUUACACUUCCAGCUCAGUUGAGAGUAGAAAGGAUGAAUAUCGAUGCCCGUUUGAGGAGGUUAGAUAAUAACUUCGAAAAUAUGAUGAAUGACCCUGAUACCGGUGCUUUGAUCAACAAGGCUAUAUCCAGGUUGGCUCCAGAAGCUCUGAAGAUUUUAUGGCCUGAACUUAAAGGUUCAGUGGAAUCACAGCUUAUGAAAUACAUCAACAACAUUUUGGAGAAUGCAACUGUAGUCAACAUCGCCAAAAGAUUAUUCAACAUUACAUAAAGUUUAUAAAAAUAAAUCUGGUUCAUAAUCAUUUUUUCAUUAAGGUCAGGACUAUUUCACCAAUUCAUAUACAUUUUUCAUUUUUGAGAUAAAAUUACAAAAAAUAAAAAAUAUAUUAAAAAUAUUUAUUUUCUCUACCUAAUAGUUUAAUAAAACCAAAAAUUGUCUAAUAUAUUUUUUAUCAUACACCAAUAAUAAGUUUUGAGAAAACUAAAAAAAUUUUAUCAAUCAGAAAAGUGAUAUAUU